UCUCCCUCUCUGAAGACCACCUCCACCUCCUCCAGAGUGUCCAGUCCCUCAACAUCCACCAUCCACCACCCACCAAGGACUGGUCUCAGGUCAGUGUUCCUCCAGCAUCACAUGAGGGGACUGUGAGGAGAGCUGUGUCUCAGCUGGAGGAGACGCUCAGUAACAAGAUGAAGACGCUGGUUGAAGUGAAGAUGAAGACGCUGGUUGAAGUAAAGAUGAAGACGCUGGUUGAAGUGAAGAUGAAGAAGCUGGUUCCUGAAACUGAGCUGAAGAGGGUCCAGAAGUUUGCAGUGGACGUGACUCUUGAUCCUGAAACAGCUCAUCAUCAACUCAUCCUGUCUGAUGACAGGAAACAAGUGAAACAUGCUCAGGUAGAGCAGCCACGUCUCCCCGACAAUCCACAGAGGUUCUCUCACGGUCUCUGUGUUUUAGGAACACAGAAGUUCUCUUCAGAAAAACUUUAUUACGAGGUUCAAGUUAAACAAAAGACUGAAUGGUUUUUAGGAGUGACCAGAGAGUCGGUCAACAGGAAGGGAGACAUCUCACUGAGACCUCAGAACGGUUACUGGACUAUAUGGUUCAUAAAUGGAAACGAGUAUAUAGCUCUUGAUGGUCCUCUAGUUCUUCUCUCCCUGAAGUCUCGGCCUCAGAAGGUGGGGGUGUUUGUGGACUAUGAGGAGGGUCUGGUCUCCUUCUAUGACGUAGAAGCUGCAGCUCUCAUCUACUCCUUUACAGGCUGCUCCUUCAAGGAGAAACUCCUCCCAUUCUUCGAUCCUGGUCUUAAUUAUGAUGGUAUAAACUCUGCUCCUCUGAUCAUCUCUCCUGUUGGAGUAAACUAAUCACUUCUCUCACGUCCCUCAAGGGAAGCUAUUUAGACUCAACCCUGUGUGGGUUAAUGGAAUUUUAA